AUGGAGCCGGGGUAUUACGUAGUGUACACCGUACACGCUGGCCAUGACAUGCCAGCCGAUGCUGAAGCCGCGGUGCCCUGCACAACCAAAGUCCAAAUCCGGGUAGGGAAGCUCGGGCCCAAGUGCCCGACCCAACCAUCGAUGCCGCCCGUGGCCCCCAUCGAGAUGCUCGCCGACGUCACCGACGGCACUUACGAAGAGGGCGCUCGGCCGCCGGUCUUCCUUCAGCCUGCGCGGAGCGCGCCGUCCGACUCGCCGCCCGACUCGCCGUCGGACGACGCCGAGGAAUCUGGAAAGCUUCCAGCGAUGAUUGUGGAGAGCGAGGCGGAUACGUUCGGCGGGACGCGGCACCUCUGGACGGACGGCGUCUGGCGACCCGACGGGACGGAACCGCACGACGCGGAGCACGUGGUCUUUGCCAACGGCACGCAAUACCCAGUCUACCUCACCGUCAGCCCAAAGGACGGAAAGUACCACCCGCUCAAGGAGGAGAGCGACGAGGAGAAGCUGGCACGGCACGGCCCCGUCGAGUCGGCGCAUCCCGUCUUUCGCGCCGCGAUCGACGAGGUGAGCGGCUGCACCGAGCCGCUGCUGCCGCAGCCGCUGCUGCAGGUGCUUUACCCGGACGAGAUCGACGAGCCGAUGUACGCCGAGGUCAUCGAGCAGCCGCGGCGCUCUUCCACCGGACACGGACGUGGCACGGACGUGUGCAUGCACGUAGGCCACUCGCUCGGCGAGUACGUCGCCGCCGUCUUCUCGGGCGCGCUGGACUGCGCCACGGCGGCCGCUCUCGUGCGCGGCCGGCUGAUGGCGGAGAGCCCGUCGCGAGGUGCGAUGAUGUCUGUGCGCGCGUCUCCAGAGGCGGCGAGGCGCGCUGUACACGAGGCCGGCGUGGCGGGGCGGGCGGCCGUCGCUUGCUUGAACGGGCCUACGUCGGUCGUGAUCUCCGGCGAGUGGGCCGCCAUCUCCGCGGCGGUGAAGCGGCUGCCUCCGGGCACCAAGGUGACUCGCGUCGCGGCGACGCACGCCGACCACUCCCCUGCGAUGGCGCAGCUCGCGCCGGCACUCGCGGCCCGGGCGGCGGAGCUCUACCGGCGGCACAGGCCGCGUUUGGCCGAGCUGCCGCGCCGGCCGAGCUGCCCGUGGGUCUCGUCGGUGACGGGCGACGUGGUGAGCGAGGAGGAGGCGGCGGACCCCGCCUACUGGGCCAAGCACCUCACCGCCCCCGACGCGAGACUAGGCGCCGUCCGCUCGCUGCUGCGCGUCUGCUCCGCGCGUGAGAAGGCGCCGCCGUCGCGCGUGAGAAGAGGGAUCCGCGUCGAAGACACCUCUUGCCCCUCUGCAGGCGAGGCCAUCCUGGAGAGCUGCUGCCACGACAAUCCAAAGGCGGACGCCGCCGAGUCCGCCGCCGAGUAUUGCGCGCGCGUCGAGGCCCGCAUCGAGGAGCUGAUGGAGCCGGUGCGGCGCGAGCGGCUGACGCGUUUCCUCCUCGAGCCCGACUCGGUGGACGAGGCGGAGGUCGAGCUCGCGUGCGCUGAGCCGGUCCAGCUCCCGUCGAGCUGA